GGCAAAACUAAUCUGUUCUGUUUGUUUGAUAACAGAAUGAAAGUGAAACUAAUACCUGCGAAAAAGAAUUCUUUUAUGUCAACAGUAUUUUUUUUUUCUAUUUAAAUUCUUGGACUAUUAAUAAAGGUUACAAUUCUGCAUUUUGUUUAAAUGUUCAUACUUUAAUGACUUUCCAAUGAUGCUUAGAAGAUUAACACUGUUGAAUUGUUUCCAACUGAAAUCUUGCACUAGAUUGAUGAGUUUUAAGGCACUCAAUUAUGAAAUUAGAUAUGAUGAUGCAAAUAUGCAAAAGGCAGAGAAAAAUUCUAAACUUAUUGUUAAAGUGUUGAAUGACCUGUCACAAUUUGUAAAAGCUGGAGGUGGCCCAAAAGGAAUUCAUAGACAUGUUGUGAAAAACAAGAAGCUUCUAGUUCGAGAUCGGUUAAAAUUGCUGUUUGAUCCUGAUUCUCCUUUCCUUGAAAUUGGAUUACUUGCUGGAUUGUUUAUGGAUUAUGGUAAUAUUCCUGGUGCCAGUGCUGUUGUUGGAAUUGGAAAAAUCCAUGGUCAGUACUGCAUGGUUAGUGCUAAUGAUGCUACUGUUAAAGGUGGAACAUUUUUUCCUAUGACAAUUACUAAACAAAUUCGCAUGCAACAACUGGCAUAUUUAAAUAAGUUACCAUGUAUAUAUCUAGUUGAUAGUGGGGGAGCUUUUUUACCUUUGCAGGCUGAUAUUUUUCCUGACAGAGAUCAUGGAGGACGAACAUUUUACAAUGAGGCUGUUAUGUCAUCAAUUGGGAUUCCCCAAAUAGCUGUUGUUUGUGGCAGCUCUACUGCUGGUGGUGCUUACGGUCCUACUAUGGCUGAAGAAGCUAUUAUAGUCAAACAGACAGGUGUUAUUUUUCUGGGUGGUCCACCUUUAGUGAAAGCUGCUACUGGAGAAACAGUAACAGAACAAGAACUUGGAGGAGCUAUGAUGCAUUGCAGUGUUAGUGGCUGUACAGAUUAUUAUGCAGAAAGUGAAGAAGAGGCAUUUGAGAUGUGUAGAGAAUCUGUUCUGACACUGAAUUCACUAAUUUCCUCUAAGCCAAAUUCUUACCAAGAACCUUUAUAUUCUUCAAAUGAUUUAUUGCUUAUCUCAGGAAAAGAUAAGUUAUGCAAGGAAGAUAUGUACAUUAUUUUAUCUAGGAUUCUUGAUGGCAGCAUGUUUAAAGAGUUUAAAGAAAAAUUUGGUACAAAUUUGAUCACAGGAUUUGGGUACAUUCAAGGUAUGCUAGUUGGUAUGCUGGCAAAUUGUAAUGCACUAACAUUUCAAGAUGCCCAAAAAGGAGCACAUUUUAUCCAGAUUUGUGAUAAACGCAAUAUACCAUUAUGCUUUUUGCAAAAUUCUGGAAAGCUUGAAGAUGCCAUUAAUGAAUCUUCAAAUGAUACUUUGAAUUGUAGAGCAAAAAUGGUAGCAGCUCAUUCAUGUAGCAAAGUACCUAAAAUAACUCUCUGUAUUAAUGGUUGUUAUGAAGAUGAUAAUUUUACUAUGUGUGGGUGGCCAUUUCAGCCAAAUUUCUUUCUUUCUUGGCCAUUUGCUAAUAUUUCAUCUCGGAAGAUUGAAUCAAAAAUUAAACCAAUUGGAAAAUUGACCAAAUUAAUGGAUGCAAAGGAUAUAGAUGAUUAUGAUGUAUUGUUUGAAAACAAAACAAGUGCUUUCUCUCGAGCUUCACACAUGUUAUGUGACGGAAUAAUAUCCCCAGAAAAUACAAGAAAGGUUAUUGCACUUUGCUUGGAAAUAGCUUUGAGUAGAUCCUAAUUAAUGAGAAAUGAAUAUGCAAAUCAUAAUGUAUUUUAAAUUUUAUUGUACAUCUAUGCAAUAUUUUAAAAAAUUGUGCAUAUAUUUUUGAUACGAAUAAUUUUAGAUAAAUGUUUAAUUUUGUUA